AUGGACUCCCUCAGUCAAGAAAUCCUCCUCCUAAUCGUCCCCCAUCUUUGCCACGACCCUCCCAACCCUAAUCCCCAACCAUGGGAUUCAACCUCACGCCUCAACAUCGCUUCCUACGCGACCAUCUCCCGCCCAUGGCAACACGCCAUCGAACGCUUCACACUAGCAAGCAUCCACAAGUACAGCUCCGACCUCCCCACAUUCCAUCAAAUAUUCACCAACCCCCGUCGAAGGAGAAUGCUAAGACGUCUAACCUACGAGAUCGACCUCCCAAGCUACAGCACAAACCGGAUCCACUGCUUUGAAAGACGAAGAGAAAGCAAAGCAAACCAAGUAGCAUUUAACCAAGGGAUCAUUGAUCUCGCCAUUGAGCUCGCAACCUGGGAUAAACAGAGUCUCGAGCUAACCCUCCUCGCCUCCUCGCCCAUGGACCCCGGGCGUCGACCGGGGCCAGAAAAUCUAGACCCAGAACUAGGAUCCAAUCGAUGGAUGCACGAGAAUAUCUAUCUCUCGGUAAUAGACAGUGAGAGUGUAGACAUACCAGAGUUACCCUGUAUCAGGUCCUUGAUUAUCCCCAACGAGCGACGGGACAUUCAUCCCGCAGCUAUAGGCCGCCUUAUCUCCGCGAUGCCUAGACUCGAAAAACUAAGGUUAGAUUUGAACGCGCCUAAACCGAAGAAUAGAUCCUUGCAAAAGGAUUACAGACUGGCCCUCGCUUCAGCCCUCGACUCCCCAUCCCUAUCAAUCCUCAAAUCCCUGUAUAUCUACUUUGAACAAAGCAUCCCCAAGAACCACAGCUUCCCAGUCCAAGAACACGACCCGGACUACCCAUCCGGAGACGCUCUGAACAUCUCCAUCAGAAACCUAUGCGAAACAAGCCCCCUUUCACACCUCCAUCUAGAUGGCUGGUGGCCCGUUUCUCCAGCACUGUUCGCCGGACGGGCACCAUUCCCGUUUCUCCAGAACGUGAAAAUCGAAGCAGCACUUACCACCUACGACGGGAGGUGGUUCUACACGGGGAACCCCGAUGCGACGGAUGCGUCUUAUCAAUUUGGGCGGUUUGAGUCUGAUGAGAGUAGUUCUGACGAGGACUUGGACUCCAACUCGUCAUUUAACUCGGAGUACGAGGAUUAUGUGCGUGAGGGGAGAGAGGCGCUGCUUAAUGGGGAUGAGCCGUAUUAUAUGUGGAGGACGAAGCCGGAGGCGGAGAUGUUUGAUAGGUUUAUGGAGGAUAUGGCUAGGGCUAUGCGGAGGAUGCAUUGUUUAAGGGACUUGAGCUUCUCGAUGGGAUGGAAUUAUCAUGAUGAUUAUGCGAUUUUGCUGGAGUAUACUGGUUCGAUGGGCGAUGGGGAGGAGGCGGGGUGUUGGGUGAGGUUGAGGCCGGAGGCGAGGUGGGAGAUUCCGGAGGGGUUUAUGAAGUUAUUGGGGGAGUGUGUGGGUGGGAAUGUGGAGGUUUGUGUGGAGCCAUUUUGAGAACUAUUGGGGGUUGUUUU